CCUCCCGCAGCGGCGCCCCGGCAGGAGCUUCUGGCGGCCCGCGCUUUCGAACGGCGCGCGCAAAGCAGCCCGCCGAGCGCUACCACAGGCGCGGUGCGGGCAGGGGCCGCCUGCCGCGACUCCCGCCCCGCUGGAGAAAAGGCAGCGCACUUCUCCAGGCGUUACCCCAGAUGCAUAGGAGCAGUGCUAGGCUGCUGGCUAGUCUCUUUUUUUCUCUCUUUCUCUCUCUUUCUUUUUUGCCUCCCCCCGUUUACCCCUUGCGGAAGAUCCCCUUGCUUUCCCCAAUGCUUAGUUACGCCCAAGCUGGCAACGGCCACGAGACGCAGCCCGUGUGCUUUCAUCGCAUCUGUCCGGUUGGAAACAGGAACUGAAACUGACAGAGCUGUCGGCAGCCAAAGGCCCCAGGCAGAGGAACCUUUUUUCUCGGCUGAAGGCUGGGAAGGGAUGCGAGGCGGAAGGUUAAUGACGCUGCGCUCCGAGGCGCGCACAUGGCGGCGGUAAGGGAUUGUUGCGGCGCCUCCUCUCCGGAACCGUUCCAGGAAAGCGGAAUGUGCCUUACAGGUGUGGCAGUUUGACGUUUCAACAUGGAGAAGGAACAGCUUUCAAAACGUUUAUAUGUUGGAGGACUUGGCCAUACCAUUUCUAAGGCUGAACUACAAGAAAGAUUUGGGAAGUUCGGGCAUGUUUUGGAUGCAGAGAUUAUUACAAGAAGAGAUGAUCAGGGGAACCCUAUGAAAACUUUUGCAUACAUCAGUGUCAACAUUUCUGAUGCAGAUCUUAAAAAAUGUGUGUCAAUUUUAAAUAAAACAAAAUGGAAAGGAGGAACACUGCAAAUCGAGAUGGCCAAAGAAAGCUUUUUGCACAGACUUGCUGUGGAGAGGGAGGAAGCAAAGCUGCAGAAGGAAAAGCCACAGAGAAAUGACAAAAUAUCUCUGUUGGAAUCAAUGAAAAAGGCUGGAGUUGCAGAUUUUCAUAUGAAAGCAGUACCAGGUACAGAGGUGCCAGACCAUAAGAAAUGGGUUGUUGGUAAAUUUGGCAGAGUCUUGCCAAUCCUUCAUCUGAGGAAUCAACAGAAAAAUAAAAUUGUGAAAUAUGACCCAUCGAAAUAUUGCCAUAACCUGAGGAAGCUGGAGCCAGACUUGACACAUUUAGUUCCUGUAUCUGAGCUUACCUGGCACUUGGAAGGGGGAGAUGACACCAUAAGUAAGAAGCGUCGAGGAGAGUUCCCUGUGGCAAAGAAACCACUUAAGAAAAUGAAGCAGCUGGGCAGUGAGGCCGUGAAUGGUGCAGGGGAUCUCUCUUCUGGCUGCCAGUCACAUUCAAAAAGCACAAGCUCACAGCUAGAUCAAAGAUCCAGACCCAAUGGGAAAUCUAAAUUGCCUCUAUCAAGGAGUUUUAAUAGUCAAAUAUCAGGAAGAGGUUUAUUAUCAAAUAGAAGCAGUGUUUCUGGAGUUGCAGCUCAAAACAAUACGAGUGUUUCUGAUAGUGACAUUGAUUCUGAAGAGGAGAUCAGAGCAAUGGUAAAGAAAGAGAGUGAAAAGCAGAAAGCUGAAAACAUUGAGGCUGAAGAUGUUGAGACUGAAAGUGAUCACUUGGAAAUUGUUGGGGAUAAUUUUGAAUUAAAAUACAAUACUCACUGGUCCUUAAAUAAUCCAGGUGCCAUUAAGAAAGCUAUCAGAGGAGGUGAUAGAGAGGCUGUGGAAUGUGAUAAUGGUUAUGAUUCAGCAGGUACAGAUGAAAUUAUUGCUGAAAGUAAAACUUCAGAUCAAAGCAGCAGGAAAGCUGCAGUUUUAGAAUCUAAGCUGGUGGCAGUGGAAAAUAAAGAAAUGUUAAGUAACAAAAAAUGUGAUUUAGUAAAGGACUCCUCAGUGAAAAACUGCAAUUUGAAAGAAUACUGUGAAGGAAAUGGGAAAAUGAAAAAGUCCAAAACUGGUGCCUUGCAGAGUACAGCAGUUAACAGCACAACCAAGUCAAGUAGUAGUGAAAGCUCCUCUUCAGAGCCUGAGGAAGGUGAGUCUGACAUCAGCUCCAAUUAUGAAUCCAUGAUGCAAAACUGUUACCACUUAGACCUUACAUUAGAUGACUUAAAAGCAUUAGCUACUGGAAACUCUGGGAUAGCAGAAGAAGACUCAGAUAGUGCAGAGAGGUGUAGUCAGCACCAUAGUGAAGAAAAUCCUACAAGUAACAUUGUAAAUAACCCCAAAAUUUUAGAAGUUUGCCCUGCAGUUAAAAAAAAAAGUAUCUCUCCUGAAGAUGUACUUGCUGAGAUAUUGGCAGGGGAGGAGAGUGUUGAAGAGAGCUCCAAGGGCCAAGAUAAUUCAGGUUUAAAGUAUCGGCCCUUCAGGGGAAUGGGGUCCCUUUUUGAGAAGGAGGUCAGUCAGGGCAGCACUGGUGUGAAAAAGAGGUCUGUAGAUAGUUCAGGUAUUUACACUUCUAUUUCUUGUGGUGGGGAGGAGUCAUCUGAAAAACAGGCAAAGAACCACCCAUUGAAUUCCCUUGAAGUCAGCAGUAAAAAAAAGAGACAAAAUCUGCAUUGUGAACAGCAUAAGGCCUCAUCUGAUGCUGCCUGUGUAGUAGAGAAGAGAGAUCAACCUGCUUCCAGGCCAUGUUUACAGGGAAAGAACAAAGAUGCAAGUUCUUCACAAGGUUACCAAAGUUCAAAGCCUGGAGAUGCUGCUUCCAAUAGUGAUAAGAGUGAAGCUGAGAGCACUGGCACAGACAAUGAUGCUGCAGUGGCACAGAAACAUCUUGAACGACAGCUGAAAAGUCCAAAACAGCUUUCAACAAAACUGAAGCAGAACGUAAGCAACAAAAGUCCAGAAUGUAAUGCCCCUGAAUGUAAGGAUGGGAAGACAAGCCUUCUGGAAAAUAGGGAGCUUUGUCUUCAUGCUACAUCUUCCAAGGAACCUAGUACACAAACCAGACAGUUGCAGGACAACCUGAAGAGGCUGGCAGCUCUGGAAGAGAGGCAGAAAGAGAGAGAAUUACAGAAGAAACUCAUACAAGGAGCUCUUUCAAAAGUGGACAGCCAGCCAGCAAGCAAGCACAAACACAUCGUAUUCAACUCGGAUGCGGAAAGUGAAGCUGAAGCAGAUGAGAUGUCAAAAAUGGAUGUGAAUGUGGGGAAAAGGCAUGGAGAUGGUAAAUCUACUCCUAAAACUUCAUGCAAACUGUUUGAAAGCAGUGAGGAUGAGCAAGAGGAUACAGAUGAUGAGAUAUUCAAAAUUAAGCCUCAUUUUGAAGGCAAAGCUGGUGAAAAACUCUUGCAGUUGCAAUCGCGAUUUGGCACAGACAAAAGGUUUCGCAUGGAUGCACGAUUCCUUGAAAGUGACAGUGAAGAGGAAGAGGCAAACACCUCGAAGGCAGAUGAGGAAGAAGAGCUUGCUGCAGAGAAAAAGAAAAAUCUGCAAAUACUGGGAAGCCUCUUGAAUAUUGACCUGAAACAUUCCAAGACAAAUAAAAAAGCUGCAAGUGCUAAGAAAUUCAGAGAUAUCAAUGCCCUGCGCUAUGAUCCCACAAGAGAAGACCAUGCAGUUUUUGAAAAGAAACCAACUGUUACAGAAAAAGAGAGUAAAGCAAAAAGGAAGAAGAAAAAGGAAGAGAGUGAGAAACGGCCUGAAGUGUCUAAAGAAACAUAUUAUAAUAUUACUGUUGACUUAAAAGAGUUGCUGGGAUCUUCAAAGAGCAAAUCAACAACAAAUGAAGAAAUACCCUGGGACAAAGAGGAUUUGGACCCUGAUGCUGGGAGUAAGGUAGCUCAGGAGUCGAGUGGUUUCAUGUUUUCCUUCUUUGGAGACACGGAGGAGUCAAGCAAAAAGGAAGAGCCCUAUGUAAUUGAAACAAUAAAACCUGUAAAAGUCACAUGGCAAGAAGAUCCACGUUUUCAUGACAGCAGUUCUGAGGGUGACGAUGAACAAGAGGCAGCAGAAAUUGAAAAUGAUGGUGAAACGUUUUUAUCUUUACCACAUACAGAAACAAAAAGAUUUUUCUUCUUCUCCAAAGCUGAUGAACGACUAAGAGAGGGCCCUAGGUUAUUCUGUAGGUCAGUAGACCUCAGCGAAGACAGAGAUGGUUGGGAAGAGAGGCGUAGAUUACUGCUUGAGGAAUGCCGGAAGAAGCAUAAGGAUGCAAGGAGAAAAGUGAGACCAAACCAAUAAAUCUUUCUUACCCUACUGGUCAGAAGUGUUUUGUAUUUCUUCUUGGAAGAAGCUGCAGAUAAAUAUUACUUGGAAAAUUCUAGUAUCUCAAACAUCUGAUGGGGAAUAACACUAGAAAAGACUAUUAAAGUUUGUUCUAAGUAGGAACAGAUUUAUGGUGUCACAGCUUCUACCAAAGUUUUGGUUCUUCUGUGUAUAUAAAUGUUACUUGCUGCUUUGCAAGGUUUUGGAGGAUUAGAUCAUGUAGAAAAGACAGCACAGCUAUUUUGCUGUUAUCUCUGCUCCCAGUGCUGAACUGGGUUGAGAGAGUAAGUAGCACUGUGUCUGUAAGACUGUAUAACCUGUACUCUGUCAAUCAUAACAAGGUCCUGUUUUGAGAUUCUUUUACACACUCUUGGGAUGCAUUAUUUCCAGAGUAAAAGUGGACCAGAAGUUUAUGAAAAUAUAUGUAUAAAGUAUGAAAGAGGUAAUUUGUAUUUCUUUGCAAGGAUGAUUUUUCUACAUUUAAAUUGACUAUGUAUAAUAGUAAAUAUUAAAGCCAAAUGUUGCUGGUGCUGUGUCCUUGAUGAAUGAA